UUUGGCUUUGGCCAGUUUUUGCGAUGGGGUAAAAAAAAAAAAAAAAAAAAAAUGGGGGCCUGGCCUUGCCAGAUUCUCUGGGAAGCUGGAAAUCCGGACGUUUCAUGCAAAGCCUCCCAAUUUUCAGACGUUGGCAAUUAAUUCAAAUUUAAAGGACUCUGCAAGCCAAACAAAACACAUCUGCAGGCCACAGAAGCCCUGGGAGCAUCCAUGUGUGACCUCGGAUACACGUGAACAGGUCUGUAACAGAACAUGCCUCAUUGAAGAUAGCCCGUGAGCACUGGCCGCACAGUUUCCUUGCAGGAGAUCCCCAGGAGGAGAGAAGAAACAAUAACCCAUCCGAGCGUUCGAGGACAGUAUCCGCCUGCUCGCUCUGAAGGCUCAGCUUUGGUCACAAAGGGGCCUCGACGCUUUUGGUGUUGCUGUCGGAGAUAAUUCCAUCUCUGACACACGGUGUCGUGGCGUCCUGGACCUUCCUCUCAGGGUAGGUGUCUGAGAUUUAAUCCAAGAAGCAUGCUAGAGAAAAAUCACUUAUUUUGGAGAACCACGAAUGCUUCACUGUCUGGGGCAUAAUUAACACUUAGACCAAGUUAAAUGUCUUUUUACCUGAGCCCGGAAAACGCGGAGAAAACUUGAUGCAAAGAAAAUCUAAGGGGCCGUUCAAUUCUACAGUUUUAUUUUCAUUUUUGUGUCUAUCCGAAAAGAAAAAAAAAAAAAGGAGAGAGUUAGAGAGAGAGAAAAGGCCACAGCACUUCAUAUAUGGACGAGGACAGGUUUCCUGAUCAUGAAAGCAUCUCAGCACGGAGCAGACCUUGCUUCCGAGAGAACACAAUCUCCCAAGCCCAGGACAGCGGGUACUUUGCAUAUGACACAAGGUUGCGUCUUCCUUGACACAAAGAAAGUGGUCACAGUUGAAAAUAUUUUGCCGAGAACUUUAAAACUAUCGUUCUCAAGGUUAAAAAUUGCUGUUAUACAUAAUACCUCGGUAAUUGAUAGACAUUUUCUCUCUCCAGAGUCCAGUUUCUGUGAAAAACACCACAUAACAUCUGUUCAUAAACAGUCCUUCUGUGAAAACACUGACACAGGUCUUGAGCUUCCACGGGCUCAAUUCCCCUGCCAUGUGCAGAUGGCACGAUGUGUUUAUACAGCUGAAGCCCGGGUAACAGAAGCCCGGCCGCAUCUCCAGGCAGAUUUCAAGAGCAAGCAAAGCCGCCUUCUCACGACCUGGAGAAACACUGACUUGAAGUCAAAGCAGGAUACCGGAGCUUCCGAAGGGCUUGGGGGCCCCAAAGACCACCCAAAUAAACAGAACGAGGAAGCCAUACACAGGCAUAACCCCGGGUUUAUUUGUACCUGUCUUUGUCAGACAGCUGCAGUGCACAUGAGAGUCACGAUCAGAGAAACAGAUCUACGGUACCCUACUGUAAUAUAAACUAACCGUUUUUUAUUCUCCAUGAACACCACAGGCAAAUUCUUGUUCCUAUUUGACCAGCUGGGGUCCAAAAUGUACCUACCCAGUGCUUGGAGGUUUUCAUCCUACUGCCAAGGUCCAUUUCCACAUGAGUGUUCUGGUUUGUGCAUUUCAAGAUGCUUCUAUAGCAUUUAUGCACUUAUUUGUGGCUUAUCAGCUCCGGCUACAGAAUCAACUUUGGUAUAGAUUGGCAAGAGAGACAAAAUAGCCAUUUGAGAGUACGAAGUUUGGGUGUUAUGUCUGGCUGGAGGAAGCAGAUGGAGCAGACAGAACUUCUGGAAAAAUUCUCCUGCAGGGACAGUCGUGGGUGUCUGUUUCUACUUUAUGGGGAAAAACAGUCCCGUUUUUAUGUUUGCUUUUCUCUAGUUAUUCCUCACAACAAACCUCACCUGAGACGUAGGCAAAAAACAACCACAGUGAAAAUAAAAUCAUUCCUUCCCAUCACACACACAGUAAGACUGCUUUUUACUAAACAUCCAGCUGCACUGUUCGGAUGAGAUGAUGUGUUUAGGACCAAGAAGAGACCAAAUGCAAGGUCACGUGUUACAUUUGAGAAGGCACAUGUUAUGUCAGACAAAAUUUUUUUGGUUUUGGUUAUUAAUUCCUUUUUUAUAGAUAUUUCUUUUUUUUUCUUAGAAAACUGCAGGUUGAGGGAAGUAAAGUUACUUUUGACUAAAAAAAUGCACACAGAAUGAUAGGAGGCUAGAUUUGUUGGAUAGCUUUUGACCAUAUUUUUAUCAUUAAUUUCAUUAUGGCAUGAAUUAUAAUAGCAAAAAUGGAAGCAGUACUCAUGCUAGGGGCUGUUUAAGUAACCACUGACAUGGUAAAAUUAUGUCAUUAUGCUAAGUGGCAAAAAAAAUAAUAACUGCGUAUAUAUUACACAAUCUCAAAUAGGAAUAUGUCAUAGGCAGAGGGAAAAAAAGCCUAAAAAAUAUCAAUAUAUUCAUAAUAACUAUUCCUGGGUAGUAGGCUCAUGAACUAUUUUUAUUUUCAUCUUCUUGUUUUUAUGUAUUUCCCAAAUGUUUUACAUUGGACAUAUAUUUCUUUAAUAAUCACAAAAAUGUGAUGGAAAGCACGAUAAAGGCAUUUUCUCCUAAGAAAGGCAUUUGUUACCUUAAUAACAUGAGUUCUGGCAUCUUUGGGCAAGAAUGCAAGUAGAUAUGAAGUAUACUGAGUUAUAUUUUUGUAGGAAUUUUAUUAAAUUUGGAAGAGAUGAAUUAGGGAACUCUUUUUCCUCGCAGUAAGAUACCUUAAGAUCAUCUGCUACCUGGUUACUGAAAUAAUGCCCUAGAUGGUCUCCCUGACUAUAUUAAUCCCUCUCUUUGUCUCUUCCUCCCUCUUUUUUCUUCCUUUCUUCCCUUCCUUAAUAAACAUGUAUUGAUUGUUAAAUGUAUGCCAGGUGUUCAGCGUCAGAGCCAAAACAGAGCACCCCUCUGUGCAAUUGUCAGUACUGGGUGGGAGACAGUGGAUGAACAAGUAACAGUAUCCAAGAAACACAUCAACAGUUGUGUGAGGGCAGAGCACCUAAAAGAGCAGAGGUGAUGGGGCGCCUGGGUGGCUCAGUGGGUUAAAGCCUUUGCCUUCAGCUCAGGUCAUGAU